GCGCCCAUGGCCGCUCGCGACAGAGAUGCCAUUUCCUGGUACCAGAAGAAGAUCGGGGCCUACGACCAGCAAAUAUGGGAGAAGUCCAUCGAGCAGACCGAGAUGAAGGGCCUCAAAAACAAGCCUAAGAGGAAGGGUCACAUCCAGCCCGACCUGAUCGACGUGGAUUUGAUCCGAGGCUCUACGUUUGCCAAAGCCAAGCCCGAAAUCCCCUGGACAUCACUAACUCGGAAGGGAAUUGUGAGAGUUGUGUUUUUUCCAUUGUUCAGCCAGUGGUGGAUCCAGGUCACUUCCCAGAGGAUUUUUAUGUGGCUCCUGGUGCUCUAUGUUAUGCAAGUCGUAGCUGUGGUGCUGUAUUUCCUGGUGCCCGUGGUGAACCCCAGCGAGGUGCUGGGCCCCCUGUGCCUGAUGCUGCUGAUGGGCACCGUGCACUGCCAGAUCGUGUCCACCCAGGCCCCCCGGCCCGCGGGCAACGGGCUGGGCCGGCGCAGGAGGAAGUUACGCAAAUCUGUGGGUGUUGAUGGGAGCAGUUGGUCUUCUGACAAAACCAGCCAAGAGGAGCAGUUUGAACCUGCAUCCAUCCUGAACACCGUGUUCAGCGCGCUGUUCCGGAGGAGAGUUAGAAGAGUGAAGUUGGUGGCUGAGAAAGGAACUGAGACAGAGGCUGGUGUGAGUGCUGUGGGUGCUGCCUUUGCACACAGACACACCAGAUCUGAACACAGGCUGUUGCACUUCAAAGAGAAAAGUAAACUUUCCGAUGGGGAAAAGAGCCAUCAGGGGGGCUGCUCCACCAGGGGGGCUGUUUCUGAGGAGCUCUCCAGUGAGGAGGACACUGAAGCGAUGCGCCAGCGGGUCUUGUUGCGCCAGAACGUUGAAGGGGCUUCCAGUGACAACAGCUAUGAGGAGAAGAGGAGGAGGCCUCUUGUUUCUCUGAACCAGGCUGUCUCACAGGUCAAGCAAACCCUGAAAGGUGCCAGAGACUCUGACAGUGUUGUGGAGUCUGAGCUGGAAUCCACACUGUAUAGUCAGGACUCGAGGUCCUGCAUCAGUGGGGGAUCCCGGAGCUGCAGCGUGACCCGGAGGGACUCGGAGAGCACCCGGCAGGACUCGGAGACCGAGGACAUGCUGUGGGACGACCUGCUGCACGGCCCCGAGUGCCGCUCCUCGGGCACCAGCGACAGCGAGGAGCUGAGCGCCAGGGCCGCCCGGCGCGACCCGGCCGAGGACGUGUUCCAGCAGAACCAUUUGUUUUGGCUGCAGAACACAAGUCCAGCAUCUGCAAAAGUGAGUGCACUGAUCUGGGAAGGGAAUGACUGUAAGAAGGUGGACAUGUCUGUGCUGGAGAUCAGUGGGAUUAUCAUGAGCAGGGUUAAUGCGCACCAGCAAGGAGUGGGGUAUCAGAUGCUGGGGAACCUCCUCACCAUCGGGCUGGCGUUCCUGCCGUUCCUCUACAGACUCGUCCGCGCCGAUCACCCGGAGCAGCUGUGCUCCAUUUCCCUGAAGGAGCUUUUGCACAUCUUCUGUGGGGCACCUGCCAGCACCCCUGUCAUCGUUCUUUCUGCCAUCAACUUCCUUGAAAGACUUUGCUUAACCUGGAUGUUUUUCUUCAUGAUGUGUGUUGCUGAGAAAACCUACAAGCAGAGGUUUUUGUUUGCCAAGCUUUUUAGUCACAUCACAUCAGCUCGGAAAGCCAGGAAAUACGAAAUUCCUCACUUCAGACUCAAGAAGGUAGAAAAUAUUAAGAUCUGGUUAUCCCUGCGUUCAUACCUAAAGCGACGAGGCCCGCAGCGAUCCGUGGACGUGGUCGUGUCCUCCAUCUUCCUACUGGCUCUUUCAAUUGCUUUUAUAUGCUGCGCCCAGGUUCUUAAGGGUCACAAAACAUUUCUGAAUGCAGCCUACAACUGGGAGUUCCUCAUCUGGGAGGCAGCACUUCUUCUGUUCUUACUACGUCUGGCAUCUUUGGGCUCUGAAACCAACAAGAAAUACAGUAAUAUUUCAGUCUUGCUCACUGAGCAGAUCAACUUAUACCUCAAGAUGGAGAAGAAGCCAAACAAGAAGGAGCAGCUGUCUCUAGUGAACAAUGUUCUAAAGUUAUCUACAAAGCUGCUGAAGGAAUUAGAUACUCCAUUUAGGCUGUAUGGGCUGACCAUGAAUCCAUUAAUCUACAAUAUAACACGUGUUGUGAUACUCUCUGCUGUCUCAGGUGUUAUCAGUGAUCUUCUAGGCUUCAAUAUCAGAUUAUGGAAAAUUAAACCAUGACCUGACCAAACACUUGACCCUGCCACGACAGACCAGAGAAAGCCAAGAGCUUGGACAAAGAGCAGAGGUGCCCUCCAGGUAUGGAAAUCUGUCAUUACCAUUUGGGAAACAGAUGCUUGGUGUGUGCAUCAAAAGUUCUCCCUCUGCUUUACUGUUCUACAACAUCCAGCAUAAACUGGUCUGAUCAGUGAAGUCACCCAUGGUAGCUCAUGGGGACAAACUCCAGCUGGCACCAAGCCCUGAGAGUUGCAGGUGGACACCAGGAGCCCUGAGAGCUGUGACUGGAGGGAGACCCACGAUUGUACAGGUGCCUUUGGCUGUAGCACCUGAGCCCUGUACAGGUGACAAGUUUCAGUUAGCAUCCUCUGCAGAGAGCUCUGGAUGUCCUGGAGUGUUUCUUUCCUUAAAACCUUGGUGUGUUUGAGGUGCUGCCUCUUCAUCCCCACCUGCUGCAGGUGCAGUGGAACCUGGUCUGCACAAGAGGAAUUCUGCCUCCACUUUGGCAGUGAAGCAAUAACAGAGCCACGCCGAUUGGCUUCUGUUGGGUCUUCUGCAAAUAAAUGAUCAUUUUGUGAAAAGAUUAGUGACAGGAGAACAACCUUGCACCACCAACUCCAAGUGAAGCACUGAUCAACCAUAGGACAUGUUGCUGUUUGUUUCCUGGGACACCUGAUCUAUCUGGGACCUUCCUGGUGUCUCUGAUGAGCUUUGCUCCCAGCUCUGGGAGCUGCUGCAGUUGUGCUCACAGGGGCUCCUGAGGGAGAGAGGGGGCAAAGGCUUCCUCACCUGAGAGAGAGGAGUGUUUAGAAAGGGCACAGGAAAGAAACAAGAUGUUUUAGACACUUCUAAAACUUAUACUUUCCUUAACUGACUACUAUUGCCUGUUUAUUAACUAAUGAAAAAAGUAACCUGAAGAACUUCCCAUAGCUUCCUGCUGUCACAUACAGGGUAAGGUGGAGUAAGAAUUGUUGGUAGUAAAUUGUUUACAGGUAUUUUCUGUAUGAGGAAAAGUUGUAAGAUGUACAAGGAGAUGACAAUUUUAUAUAUCAAAUGUACAAAUAAACCUAGAGUACAAGUAUUUCAACAUUAACAA